AUGACCUCAAAACCUUACCUUUCAGACCUGAACCCACUAGAACGGGCUACACCUCACAACAAGCAGUCAUAUGGCACCAAACACUCUAAUCAGCAAGGGGUUGUCUCAAACUUUGAAAACUCCAUCCGCCGUCCUCGUCAAUCUGAUAGCACAAAAUCGGACUUGGACAAGGUUCUCUCAAACGCCAUAGUACUGCAAGAUGUGUGA